AUGUUUGCAAGAAAUUUUAAGAGAAUUAUUCCGCGGGUCGUAAAUUUGAGUUGCGGAUUGGAAAAUGUUGUCAAGUAUGGGCAGAAAAGUUUCACAAGAAAUAUAGCACCAGCGUCAAUACGUGUGGUAAGAUAUUCACAACUCCGUGAGCUAGAUGAGUUGAAACCAGUAAAUAUUGGUGUCAUAGGAUGUGGACGAAUUGCUCAAGUCCAUAUCAAGAACUUAUUUAAUAUUAGAGGAGUCAAUCUACACUGGUUAGUGGACAAUAAAACUGAGAAUAUAGAGCAGAUACAGCGAUAUUUUUGUUUGCAACACGUCAAUGGUUAUAAUGUUGAUCGUCUGGACGGACUUCUAGAUGAUCCCAGUUUAGACGGUGUAUUAGUUUUGAGUUCUACUUCUGUACAUACUGAACAAUGUUGUCAAGUUUUAAAGAAAGGAAAAGCCGUAUUCGUAGAAAAACCAGCAGGAGAAACUAUACAAGAUAUUUCACAUUGUUUUGAAACUGCAGAAAAACAAAAGCAGGUUUUAGUGACCGGGUAUAACAGGCGUUUUGAUGCAUCAUUUCAAGAAUUAUACAGCAGCUUCCAUAAUGGUUCCAUCGGGAAACCAAUCUUUAUCAAGUUAACAUCCCGAGACUGUCCCAGACCUUCCAUUGAAUUUCUAAAGAGCUGUGACCAAGAAGGGUGUAAUCUUAUAUCAGAUAUGGCCAUUCACGAUAUAGACACUUUAGUCUGGUUAACCAAAGCUGAACAACCAGAGAGUGUGUUUGUCCAGACACAUAUACACCAUCCUGAUAUGGUGGCUGGGGGGUGGGAAGAUGCUGUAAUGAUGAUGUUGAAAUAUACAAGUGGUAUUAUAGCUUGUAUUGAUGUAGUUAGAGAAUCUAAGUACGGUUACGACAUUAGAGUUGAGGAUAAUACAGAAUUUAAUCAAGGAGUCAUUCAACAUAUUCACAGCAUGCGAAAGUCACCUUUCUUGUAUCACAGAAUGCAGCGAUUUGAUUGGAUUGUGUUUGGUGAUCAAGGACAGCUAACGGUCGGGCCAUGCAGAACAACAUCUCUCAGAAGAGACAAAGCAAGCGGUUCCACAACCUCUAAUCUACAGUACUCCUUUCUAGAUCGUUUUGAGAAGGCGUAUAAGAAUGAAUUGGAACAUUUCAUUCAAUGCGUAAGAGGAAAAGAAAAGUCGUCUGUUAAAAAGGAUGAAAGUUUAAUGACUUGGUUGAUAAUAGAAAAGGCUUUAGAAUCUUGGAGAAAUAAAAAUGUGGUUUACUUCUGA